GGGAAGCUGAAAAACAAAACAUUGUAGAUUGUAGAAAGAGUUCGAAGAAAAUGAGGUACUAACGUGAGUGCAUCAUAGCGGAUAAAUGGCUGAUAUAAGCCUUGAUCAGAUAAAGGACUUUUUCAGUCUAAGGCCGCUUGCGAAACCAAACGCUGUGACAAAUGUGAAGAUAACAGGGCGUCAUUAUGAAGAAGGCAGGCGGAAUGUUGAGAAUCAACAGUUUAAAAUGGCAAGAAAAAAUAUGCAAAGCCCCCCAGCUUCACCUGCAUACGUUGGAGAUUACUGUUCAUCUGGUCCUAAGCUGGAAGAUCUCUACGAUGAGUUGGACCAGCUGGAACUCAACCCUCCAUCUGGAGCUUCUGAUGAAUUACCAGCAGCUUUGAAAGAGGAGGAGGCAGCUCAUAUUUUUGAGAACUACUCUUUUGAUCACACUUUUUCACCAGAUCUUCCCAUCACCUCUUACCAACAACAAAUCAUUGAUACCAUUGAGAGCAACUCAGUCACCAUUAUACAAGGAGCCACUGGAAGUGGAAAAACAACCCAGGUGCCGCAAUAUGUACUGGAUGAGUAUGUUAAGAACCAGAGAUAUUGCAACAUCGUCGUAACUCAACCAAGACGUAUUGCAGCCAUAAGCAUUGCCAAGCGAGUUUGUCAAGAGAGGGGUUGGACUUUAGGCAGUUUGGUGGGUUACCAGGUUGGAAGAGACAAAUGUGUUAGUGAAGAUACACGUCUCUCCUAUGUCACAACUGGUGUGUUGCUCCAAAGGCUUAUUCAAUCCAAGAACAUGAAUCAGUACACUCAUGUUUUUCUGGAUGAGGUUCAUGAGCGUGAGCAAGAUUCUGACUUUUGUCUUCUAAUUGUUAAAAAGCUGCUAAGGACAAACUCAAGGCAUGUCAAGAUUGUCCUUAUGUCAGCCACAAUUCAAAGUGACCUUUUCUCAAUGUAUUUUGCUGUCCCUGUGCGUGGCAGGGUGGAAGGUGCCCCUGUGGUUACUGUUGAAGGCAAAUCAUUCCCAGUGAUAGAAAGCUAUCUUGAUGAUCUCACUGGUAUCGGGAUGAUCCCAGAGAACAACCUUGAAGAGCCAGAUAUUAGUCAAGUAGCAUACGAGCUUGCAGCUCAAUUGAUUCGCCAUCUUGACAAUUUAGAGGCCAACACUUCAGCUGGUAUUUCAGGUGAAGGAACACCUCAUAGUCGUGGGUCAGUACUGAUGUUUUUACCUGGUUAUUUUGAAAUUAAACAGAUGGACCGCUUGUUGGAUGAUAUGUUGAGAGAUUGCAAACUGUUAAUACUCCCUCUGCAUUCCACAAUCACUACUCUGGAGCAAGCAGGUGUGUUUAAAAAACCUCCAGAGGGCUUCAGAAAGGUGAUCUUGUCAACAAAUAUUGCAGAAAGCUCACUCACUGUUCCAGACAUAAAAUAUGUGAUUGACUUUUGUCUGGAGAAGUGCCUAGUCUGUGAUCCAGAGACUAACUUUCAGAGUUUACGAUUACACUGGGCAUCCAAAGCAAGCUGCACCCAGCGUAAAGGUCGUGCUGGCCGUGUGUCAGCGGGAACAUGCUUUCGACUGGUGACCAGAGAAUUCUAUGAAAAUGCUCUUCCAGAAUUUGGUGUUCCUGAAAUGCAGAGAUGUCCAUUGGAACAGAUUAUUUUAAAAGUAAAGCUGUUAGACAUAGGACCUCCUAAGGUCGUUUUAAGACUUGCAAUGCAGCCCCCAGAUCCAGAUGAUAUAGAACGGACAGUCUUGCUUUUAAAACAGGUUGGUGCCCUGACUAUUAAAAUGAAGAAUGAUACCAUCAACCCUUAUGAUGGAGAACUGACCUUUUUUGGCAAAGUGUUAGGAAGCCUGCCAAUCGACAUUUAUCUCGGAAAGCUGUUAAUAUUGGGAUAUGUGUUUGGCUGCCUUGAAGAAUGCCUUGUUAUAAGUGCUUCAAUGUCUUUGCAGUCAUUUUUUGCGAAGCCAUUCAAAAGAGACUUCAAUGCCUAUGUUAAGAAGAUGGCUUGGGAUGCAUAUUCACACAGCGACUGCAUUGUGACUCUUAAUGCCUACAAGGAAUGGAGCACUCUGAAAAGACGCAAAGGAUUCCCAAGGGGUGAAACAGCAUGGUGUAAAGAGAACUUGAUCCAGCCGGGUCGUAUUAGAGAGGUUGAAGAACUCGUUACUGACUUGACCAACAGACUUAAGGAUCUAAAUCUCAGAACAAACCAACCUCUCCAUCAGAAGGCGAGCAAUUCUGAUGAGUCUCUUCUCAUUUUGAAGCUUGUGAUCUGUGGAGCGUUUUACCCAAACUACUUCGCCUCAAGUGAUAUUGAUGAAACUGACGUAAUGAAGGUGAUGUCAGGCCAUGAUCCUUUCACGACAGUUAUGGUCAGGAAUAUGCCUGCCCAUGGUGCGCUUUACAGGUCACAGAUUGCCAGGUUGUUCAGAUCUUGCGGCAAAGGAAAAGCUCUUUAUUUUGAAGAUACCAGAGCUUAUAUCGAGUUUGAGAGAACACGGGCCACUGAUUCACACACAGUUCUUCCUGCUGUCUACAAAGCCAUUAAGAUGAGGCACUUACGAAUGCCCCUUAGUCUUUUCAUUUCCGAAGCCAAAAGUAAAGAAAUGGACAGGUUGAUGGAAAGGAGAAAUGCUUACGAAGAAGCGAGCGCGGAAAAGGGGAAACUAAGAACAAACAGGGUUGCUACGAAUUUAUCAGCAAGAGGUGCUGGAAGUGUGACUCGUGUUCAAGAACCACAGCAGGUUGACCUUCCUCGAACUGGCUACCUGGAAAUCAUAACUUCAGUGGUGAUAGAUGCUGGUCACUUCUGGGCUCAGAAACCCGACAGACAAUCCGCUAUGCAACUUCAAAUGUUGCAAAAUCAUAUCAACAUGUAUCAUGGCGAAAACUUACGGCAUGUUGACCAAAAGAGUCUCUAUGUUGGUAUGCUGUGCCUUGCUUUAUAUGCUGAAGACGAAUUGUUUUACCGAGCGAGAAUAAUGGCCUUGAACAGCCCACAUAUACCCAGAAACAGUGUAGAGGUUCUUUACGUGGACUUUGGGAACGAAGCAGUGCUGAGAAUCAGUCAUCUGAGACAGAUGCAACAACAGUUUGAAGACCUUCCAUUUCAGGCAUUUGAGUGUAGACUAUGUGAAGUAGGACCUUUACCAUCCCCUCACAGUCCUGUGGGAACAUGGUCUCCCAGAGCCAGUCAGCGAUUUAUUCAGAUGACAGAAAAUAAAAAGCUGGCUGCCAAGGUGUAUUCGCUGUGCAAAAAUGUUCUUCGUGUUGAUUUGUACGACACCAACACUGAGGAAGACAUACACAUCAAUCAAAAGCUCAUUGAAGAAGGGUUUGCGCAAUUUCAAGAGGAGUCUCGAGCUUCUAAGCUUGCUCAUCAGAGUGCUUUGUCUGGAGAGACCCUGCCUCCUGAGGACAACACCGCUUGGAUCGACUCACUGGUUGAAAACAACGAUGAAGUCGAUGAAAGGUUUGCGACCAAGGUGAUGCUCCGUGGUCCUGAGAGCCCCAUUGAAAUGAGUUUCUACAGCAUAACCAAUAUUGGACGACUGAAGUCAGUGAGAAUUGAGCAAAACUCGGUUAACAGUGUCAUCCUGAACGAUCAGCCCCAGGACCCUCAUCAAAGGUUUAUGGUCGCGGGUAAAGUUGGCAUAAAUGCGACUGGAUCCACCGUGGUUGCAAGGGAUACAACUUUGAUGCCGAACAUUCACGGUUUGAUGCCUUUGGUGGCGCUAAUCUUUACUCCCUUUGCUGAAAUGAGAGUUGAUGGUGACAAGCGGCAGUACACAGGGGCGUUGGUGGGUUUGGGUUAUGACCCCGCCACCAACGAAGCGCUUCUGCCGGAUUAUGACAGCGAGCUAGUAUUUGAGGUGGAUUUCAGGGAAAAUGACAUUGUCGAUAUCAAUUUAGUACGUCGUGCUAUUAAUGAGAUGUUUGAGAGUGAGGAGGCAAUAGCUGGCUGGGGAACUCCAAUGGUGGAGAGAAUUCAGAAUGUCAGCAGAUCUUUGCUGCUUAAAAUUGUCUUGAAACGCAGGGAGAACAAAAGUCCAUGCCCAUUUCCCAGAACGGGCUACUGGAAUCAGAUCGAUCCUGCCUACCUUCUACAAGCAACCACCAAAGAGUCAGAUGCCGGUCAGCUGUUUACGUUACACAAUGCUGUAGCUAUCUCCGGCAUACCUUUGGAGGAUGAAGACGACGAGGCCAGGCAGAAGGUGGCCCUACUGCGGGAAAAGUUGGAGUGGCUCAAAAGCUUGGAAGGAAGAUCGUCAGAACAGUUUACUGAAGAAGUAGUUUGCCCUUUGUGCAAUGUAUUGUGUAGGCAUCCACGAGGAGUCGCCAUGCAUCUGAGGAGCACUGGCCACAUGGAUAUAGAGGCUUCUUUGUCUGAAGACUAGUUACGAGAGUAACAACUGCGAGAACUGGAGGCAAGGAGAGGAGAGCUUGUUAGGUUGCGCACUUGUGCUGAUAUCGAAGGAAGCAAAUCAAAGGUGGGCUGGUUACGUUACGUUUGAGAGCCAGUCACGUCUCAAGCUUGAUCUCAAGAAAAGUUGUUGGUCCAAACGGACGGACACCGAUCCAAGUUAUUUGUUGAAGAUCAGGUGAUUCUGAUCCAUUGUGGGCAUGCAUUAUGGGUUUGGUUUGACAGGAAGAUGUUUACGUUUGGUCGUUUGUGGAGCAUGUAACUGUACUUCUAUUCAUGGAGCAGCUGAUGUUUUCGAGGUGAUCAGGUCUUUAAAUCGUAGAGAUGACAGCGUUUACGAUCGCAUGGGUCACAUUAGGAACGAAAGUGACGGUGAAAUGUUUAUUGAACAAGGUGGUGAUUAUGUUA